AAAAGUUAAGUUUGAGUUCAUUUAUUUUUUUUUCAGAGGAAAACCACUGUAACCAAUCUCACAAUGAAACCAGAUCAUAAACUCAUCCAAAGCUCAUUUGAUAGAAGCUUGCCGAAGUUUUCUCAAAGCCAUCCAAUAAUUCCCAGGCUCUAUGAACCUGCUUGGAGACAUGAUAUGAAGAAUCGCGAACUGAUUCUCCAGAAUGCCGACGGUUCUGGGAUACCUAAUGCCCAUGGCCCCCAUAACACCACCUUGUACCUGGAGAAGAGAGAGCGUUUGAAUGAAAUAGAAUGGCAAGAGAGGGUGGAGUCCAAAAGACCGUAUGUGGUUAGGAGGUGCGAGGCACUCAGACCACCUCUGCACGACCCAUUUUCAAGGUACAAGGCUGGGCUGAUGUACCGAUUGGAUGACCCCAAAGAUCAAACCGAGGUCCCAGUUGACCCUGACUGCUACUGCAAUAGGAAAUGAGACAGAAAUGAAAUUUCAUUUAACUACCCGAGCAAACUGAAUCAAACAAAAUAUCCUGUUCGAUGCUUAAUGUGCUCUAAAACUGAGGAAGAUUUUAAAUUUAGAGCUGAGCUUGAAAUAUAAUUGAGUGCGAAGUUGAAAAUUUUACCAUGUUAAUAUUUGAGUUGAAAAAUUGUGCAUUUGGAAAAAAUUUGCAUGCAAAAAGUGCAUUUCAAUAUUCAGGCAGAGUUAGUGUCUCAAGGUUGUCUGGAACUCCAUGUAAAACUCUCAAAAAAGUUAGUCUUUGAUAAGUUCAGUCUGUUCUUUUUGUUGCAAUUUUCUUUACCAUUGGAUCACAUGAAAGAAAAAAUUAGCUGAACAAAAAGCAUUUUUCUAAAUCAAUCCAGUCCUGACUUUCAUUCAUUAUGCUAUUAAAGCAAUUGUUGCAUGAAAAAACAUCGCUAAUGGCAGAAGAAAAAGAAAAAUGCCAGAUUUUGUGCCUCAACUGUUGUAACUUGCAAAAAAAUGUGUUGAAACUUAAGGCAAUCUGAAACUUAUGCUUCCUUGAAGGUGAUUGCUGACAAUGUUAGUUGUGCAGUUUCUGCAGUUUGGUAAGCACGAAAGAAUGCUUUGAAUUAUGAUCUUCAAGCCGAGUUUGAAAUCUGGUUUUCUGUGCA